AAAUUCCUCAGGACACGCGAUACAGGGGAGAGAGAGAGCUCUCUAUAGUCUCCAAACCCUAGAUUUCAAGAUCGAUCCACCUGCUUCUCUUCAGGACACCACCGCACAGCUCUAUCUCCACGACGAUUCUCUAGAUCGUCUUCAAUCACCCCCAGAUUCAAUCGAGUAGCUCUAGAUUCAAUCAAGGGGUCUCUCGAAUUCGGAUCUCAUGGACUGAAGCAACGGUUCUCGUUUUCGGCUUUGAAGAUCCUCCGAGGAGGUUUGUAGGUAUCCACGGCGCAAUCACAGCUCUUCCCCCCUGCGAUCUACUCCUAGAUUUGUAGAUUUGGGCGUGCUAGCGAGGAGGGUUUCGUCUCAGAAGUCGAAUCAUCGAAAUAAAAAAAAAAUUCAAUGGCAAUUUAUUACAAGUUUAAGAGUGCAAGGGAUUAUGAUACCAUCGCCAUGGAUGGUCCUUUUAUAUCAGUUGGUAUUCUCAAAGACAAAAUUUUCGAAACUAAGCAUUUGGGUAGUGGUAAAGACCUUGAUAUUGUCCUCUCCAAUGCCCAAACUAACGAAGAGUAUUUGGAUGAAGCGAUGUUAAUACCUAAGAAUACAUCUGUCUUAAUUCGUCGUGUCCCAGGACGCCCUCGCAUCACAGUUAUUGCUACACAAGAGCCUAGAAUGGAGAAUAAAGUGGAACAUGUUCAGGCUGAAACCAGCAAUUCUCAUGUUGCUGAACCGUCUGCAUCGAAAUAUCCUGAAGAUGAGUUCGACGAGUUCGGGAAUGAUUUUUACUCCAUUCCAGCUGUUCAAAGUGCUCAACAUAAUAAUCCAUGUCCUGUUCUUGCACCAACAGAAGAGAAAGUAGAUGAAGAAAGCAAACUUCAGGCGUUGAUUGAUACCCCAGCACUUGACUGGCAGAGACAAGGUCAAGAUAAUUUUGGAGCCGGGAGAGGUUACGGAAGGGGUAUGAAUGGAAGGAUGGGUGCACGUGGUUUUGGAAUGGAAAGGAAAACACCACCUCCGGGAUAUAUUUGUCAUCGUUGCAAUGUCCCUGGACAUUUAAUUCAGCAUUGCCCCACAAAUGGUGACCCUACCUACGAUGUUAAGAGAGUUAAACCACCUACUGGUAUCCCCAAGUCCAUGUUGGUGGCAACCCCAGAUGGUUCUUAUUCGUUGCCAAGUGGCGCAGUUGCAGUUCUUAAACCAAAUGAGGAUGCUUUUGAGAAAGAAAUGGAGGGAUUGCCAUCAACAACACGCACUGUAGGAGAACUUCCGCCUGAGCUAAAAUGUCCACUAUGCAAAGAAGUAAUGAAAGAUGCUGCGCUUACAAGCAAAUGUUGUUUCCAGAGCUUCUGUGACAAGUGUAUUAGAGAUCACAUUAUUGCAAAGUCGAAGUGUGUCUGUGGAGAAACUGAUGUACUUGCUGACGAUCUUCUACCAAACAAGACGCUCAGGGAUACCAUAAACCGUAUUUUGGAAGCCGGAAACGAUAGCGUUGAGAAUGCUGGCAGCGUGGGCCAUAUCACAGAUUUGGAGUCUGCACGCUGUCCUCCUCCCAAGGGUCGAUCUCCUGCUACAUCUGCUGCAUCUAAAGGCGAGAAUAAACAAGCUCAUAGUAACAACAACGAUGCUCCAACAGUGAAACUGCCAACGGAAACUGCAGAUAUCACAAGUGCCCCUCGGGCAUCUGCCGAAGAUAAAGUGGAAAAGCCGGUGGAUGCGUGUGAAAGCACUCAAGGGUCCGUUGCUGUGAAAGAAGCAACGGUCUCAAAGAUGAAUACGCAAGCUCCCAAGGAAGAAGUGCAGCAGCAGGUUGCUGCUACUGGAGAGCCAGUUAAAAAGAAGAAAAAGAAACUCAGAGUGCCUGGAACUGAUAUGCAAUGGAAUCAUGUACCUGAUCUACCAGGCCCUGACUAUAUGAUGCAAAUGGGUCAAGGUCCAGGUCCCCAAUUCUUCAACGGCAUGCAACCCGGCUUCAACGGCUUUCAUCCCGGCUUCAAUGGGUUUCCAGGCCCUUUUCCGGGGCAGAUGCCUCCAUUUAUGGGGUACGGAAUAAACCCGAUGGACAUGGCUUUUGGUAGGGGUAUGAAUAUGAUGCAUCCGGAUCCAUUUGCUGCACAGGGAUUUGGAUUCCCUAAUAUACCACCACCUCACAGGGACUUGGCGGAGUUGGGAAACCGUAUGAAUAUCCAACGUGUCAUGAUGGGCAGAGACGAAGUCGAAGCUCGGAAAGCUGAGAUGUUAAGAAAACGGGAGAACGAGAGACGAACCGAAGGUGGAAAGAUGUUUAGAGAUGGAGAGAAUAGCAGAAUGAUGAUGAACAAUGGGACUUCAGCCUCUGCAUCAUCCAUCAACCCUAAUAAAUCUCGACAAGCACCUCCACCACCGAAUCACGAGUACGACCGCCGCAGACGACCGGAAAGAUCAUCUCCCGAGCAUCAUCAUCCGCCUCCACGUAAGUCCAAAUCUCCAUCUCGAGAUUCCAAGAGAAAACACGAACGCUAUCCCGAGGAACGUGAUCGUCAAAGAUCCUCCCGUCACCAAGACCUAGACCGCGACCGCACUCGCAACCAUCGCGAUGAAGACAGAAACCGAGACAACCGCCACAGCCACCGCGACUCCGAACGUAACCAACACCACCACCACCGUAAACGUUCGGAACCUCCACCGUCGGAGCAACCAGCCGCAACCAAAUCAGAGAUGGAUAAUAAGUCGAGCGUAUUCGCUCGGAUAAGCUUCCCGGAGGAAGAAACUUCCAGCAAAAGGCGAAAAGUGUCUUCGUCUUCUUCCGCUUCCGUGACGGAGCAGCCGCCUGUGGCAGUCGCGACAUCGGUGCACCGUCACAGUCGUAAGGAGGUGGAGGUGGAGGUGGCGGAUUAUGAUCAGUCUAGCGACGAAGAUAGGCAUUUCAAGAGGAAGCCGUCGAGGUACGAGAGGUCUCCACCGGUGGUGGUUAGUGAUGUGAGUGAUGAUAAGCAUCGGUACUCGAAGCGCGGCAAGGGAGAGAGAUCUCGAGCUUAAGCUUUUUUUUUUUUGUUUUUCUUUUUCUUUUUGUAUGAUUGCUUUAAGGCGGGAAAAAUAAGAAUAUUCUUAUUUUCUUGUAACGAACAAAUAAACGAGCUCUUUUGUUAUCGAAUGCUUUCCUCUUUUUUGUAAUGGAAAUUGAUUUGGUAUUUUCUUUUUUUUUUUUCUAGUC